GCGUAAAGCGCGGCUCAUAAGGAAACAUCCCAUUCAGGGCGCAGGUACGACCGCACUUCUUUAAAUCGAGGACGUGCGUUCGUAUCUCUUGUUGCCAUGUUUUUGACGAAAUGGAUUACGUUGGUGAUGAUUUUGCUGGGAACGAACAACUGUGACGGAUGGACAACGCAUUCAAUCCAGUCUUUCGGCCAUCCACGCCCCAGCGACCUCCCUCUAAGCCGGCGUCCCCACCAUCCACCGGCGGUCCUUCCAACCCGUCUCAAUGUGUUUGCGGCUGGCUGGCCUUCAUGGUUCACCCAGUGGUUCAAUCCCAGGAGCGACGAGGUCGACAAGCCGCUGCAGCGGAUUUCUCGCCCACCUAUGAGGCCCAGCGGUGGUCAUGCCCCAGAAGCUCGGCGAGGUAACAUACCUGUGCUAAGCACGACCUUGCCCACUUCGAAUCAUACCAUACGCCUUCGAGGAGGAAGGCUACCGCACGAAGGCUUCUUGGAAAUGAAAAUCGCAGGGAAGUGGCAGUCGCUGUGUGGUGAUGCGUGGAACCAACGGCUGACAGCAAUGGCGUGCGCCGAAAUGGGCUUCAACAGAGGCGGAGAAUACGUACAAAGAAAAUAUCCCUGGCUGACUGCUCGGCAUGGUUUUGACGUGGACUGCCCAAAGGAGGUCAACAAUUUGGCACACUGCACCGUUGAAAGAACAAUGUGCACCAGCACGCGGCGAAUCAGGAUUUCUUGUCAUCGCGAUUCUGCGUCCGCCUGCAAUCCGGGUGAGCACCCGUUCCAAGGCAUGUGUCACCUAGUGAUUGCGGCCCCGAGUCUGUCACACGCGGAAGCCAAGUUGUUCUGCGAAUCGAAGGGCUCUCGACUUGUCAGCAUCAGUUCUAGUGCCAAGAAGAACUUCGUAUCCGAGUUGUUGCUAGCCCUUCAAAAAGGACUCGACCGCUGGCACACUGAUGGCGUUCGAAUCAACGGCGUCUGGACGUGGGAGGCGACUAAACAGGUGCUGACACCAGACCGGCCAUGGCAACAUCACAAUGCCAUUUCCCCGGCAGCGCCAGAGUGCCUCAUUCUGGACAGAGUGUUCCAAGAAAGGCCCCAUGGAACACCGAUCGACGAGGCGCGCCACAGGUGGAACACAGCUCACUGCUCAGAGAGGCUGCCAUUCAUAUGCGAGAGAGUGGCCUUUCCAAUAGGUUGUCGUAAACCUGACGGGGCAUACUUUGGCUCAGCGAAUGUUACGGAAACUGGAAAGCCUUGCAUACGUUGGGGGGAUCCUCGAAAUGGCCCUUCUGUGAGCAGACACUAUCCGCAAGCGUACCAAGAAAUGAAAUGGCACAACCACUGCCGUUCUCCUGACGGUGACGAUACGCCCUGGUGUUUCGUGAGUAAAUCCGAAUACGAACACUGUGAUAUACCGGAGUGCUCGGAAGUUCAAAGUCCAAGUGUUGCCAUUGUGUUCAUGAAAUGUGCUGACAACGAGUUUCAAUGCAGCCAUGACCAAUGCAUUCGAAAAGAGUGGAUCUGUGAUGGCGACGUAGACUGCCAUAAUGGAAGGGACGAAGCGAACUGCGAUCGUCUCCUCGAAAUGUUCCAUACGACGCCUAUGACUAGAAUGAGCAACUACGAGUCAGCGAGGUAUUUUUCUGUGAGCGUGACAAAGUGCGCGGCCAAGUGUGUCAACACAGCGGCGUUCACCUGUCGAUCCUUCAGCUACAUGGCGUCCGGCAGCCUCUGCAUACUUAGCGACCGCAACGUGGCUCAGACGGGUGCGCUUGUAGGCGACCCUCGGUUUGACUAUUACGAAAGGACGACUCACACUGACAACUGCACCGGCAUGUUCCGCUGUCGCAACGGAAAAUGUAUCGAAAUAAACCUCGUGUGCGACAUAGCCAAUGACUGCGGUGACCAGUCGGACGAAACAAAUUGUGUGACGCGGAUGGGCUUUCAGGUGCGCCUUCGUGGUGGACCCCAAACCUCUCCACCGCCAGCCGAAGGUCGCGUGGAGGUCAAGGUUCACGAUCAGUGGGGUCUCGUCUGCGACGACAACUGGGACACUGAGGCGGCCAACGUUGUGUGCAGGGAGCUCGGCUUCCCCCUGGGAGCCAUCGAAGCAACCAAGGAGUCGCAGCACGGACUUCCUCCCGAAGACGGCGUCGCUGAGAUAUUCAUGGACGACGUUCUGUGCGUCGGGAACGAGACGUCACUGGCCCACUGCUCCUUCCCCGGGUGGAAAAAGCACAACUGUUUCGUCAACGAGACGGCGGGAGUCCGAUGCAGAACGAAAGCGUGCGGGCAGUCGGAGCUGGAAUGUUCCGGAGCCUGCAUCCCGUACUACCUUGUGUGCAAUGAGCAAAGUGACUGCGCCGACGGUGCAGACGAGGAGUUCGAGUGCGAAAGUAAGCUGGCCAUCCGGCUCAUGGGAGGACCACACCCGUUCUCUGGAAGGCUGGAACUGCGCAGACACGGCAUCUGGGGCACAGUCUGCUCCGACGGCUUCGGACCAGCGGAGGCUCGCGUGGCAUGCGCUAUGUUGGGCAUGGCUAACGCCAGCGCCACCGUUCUCGGAAGCCUCGUCUACGGUCCUGGGAAAGGUCCCUCUUGGCUCGAAGACGUGCACUGUUUGGGUACGGAGAGUUCUCUGGAAGCGUGUCGCAGCAGCCCUUGGGGAUACAGCGACUGCAGCCACGAUAAGGACGUGGCGAUCGCGUGCAGCUCGUACCACGUGCAGCCCAAGACACCGAGUAUCGGCUCAUAUAGGGAUAUCUGCGGAAUGCCAAAGUACCAGCCUCGGAUGGACCAGGCAUCUGUGCUAUUACAAUAUCAUGCGAGCAGGAACAGGAUUCUGCACCAAAACUUCAACUCAGCCAGAUCGCCGACGAGACGCAUCACCGGGCGCAUCGUUGACGGUAUACCAGCCCAUUACGGCGCCCACCCAUGGUUGGUGGACGUGCGUCUGCGGGACCUGUCAGGAGAAACACUGCACUGGUGCGGAGGCACCAUCCUGACCCAGGACCUAAUUCUCACUGCUGCGCAUUGCUUCAAGUUUUCGCCGAACGUGUCACAACUGGUCGUACGCGUCGGACAGUACAAGCUGUACGCACCCGACCCUUACGAGCUCGAGUUCCAAGUCGAGGCCAUGCGCGUACACAGGGAUUUCAAUCCAGACACUUUCUACAACGACAUCUGCCUGCUGAAAAUUCGUACCACGGACCAACAUCGGAUAUUUUUCAACGAAUACGUGAAGCCCGUGUGCCUACCGACGAAGCAAGACACUUACGUCGGCGGCAGCUACUGCAUCAUUGCCGGCUGGGGAAAGACGUUCACUACUCAACGAAGGCAACCCCGUUCCGCCGUGCUUCAGACAGCAGCAGUGCCAUUGUACCAACCCGGAGAAUGCGAGCAGCCUUGGGUGUACGGAAACAGAAUACAGCGGGGCAUGUUCUGCGCGGGCCACGCACAAGGCGGGAUGGACGCUUGCCACGGUGACAGCGGAGGACCGCUCAUCUGCCGAUCCGUCACUGGUCGGUACGCUGUGUUCGGUAUCAUCAGCUGGGGAGAGGAGUGCGGCCAACCCAACCGUCCGGGGGUGUACGUCAAAGUGCAGGACUACCUGGACUGGAUCACAAUGACUGCGGACGAGCUCCAGCUCUACAGAGCUUGAACCACACAACAGUGAAUGGGCAUAUCAAGAGCUCUAUUCGCAAUAAUGAGACAGCGCUUGCACGAAGUGUCUAAUUGUAUACCUCCUAAACAUUAAAGGGGCCCUGCGGCAGAAAUUAAGCAUGUCUUUUUCAUCCCUU